CGCUUGAAUGAGGUUGUCGCGAGUGAUAACGUGAAUAUUGUACACUACUGACUAACAUAAAAGGAGGAAAUGUGAAAAAAUGCCGCUCCCUGAACUUAUCAAAAGGGCCUCGAGCUAUUUUCUAGGCUUGGAGUUCGAUGAAAACGAGGAACCACCCGAUUAUGUGGACAACGAAAUAUUAUUUUGCAAGAAUAAUGUGUGUGUGCACCCGCCGACGAUCGCGAGACACGAAUUAGAUGUAGUGCAUCAUCCCGGUUACCUAACCGUCACCACGAAAGUCUUCACCGAUCAGCACAACAACGCUAAGCGACCAACGUUAUUUCUGAACUGGAUACCGAAUUCUACACUGCGUAAAUGCCCCUCGGCCGUCGAAACGAGCCCCAGUGACGAUAUAGGAUGUGGCACAUUAAAAUUAGCUAAACCAAAGACGAUCCCAAAAUCGAAUACAGAAUUAAAAACAACGAAAGUGGAUUUGAAUAACGAGAAUGCAUUUUCCGAUUCAUCAGAAACUACUAGCCUCAAUUCUAACUCUGAUAAACAAAGUAUAAAAUCGUCUGAACGGUAUACGAAUAACGAUACAACACAAGACGAGUUGUCGUCUAGUUCAAAACCUACUAUAAAAUCGGUGGAAUCAUUUAAAGACAAUGUAUUUAGUAGUUUCGAUAAAGACGAUUCCAAAGACGAUAUGUUUAUAAACGAUAAACAUGUGCGUUCACAAUCAAUGACGUCAGUAAACAUAACUAUAGCUAAUCCUAACAUAGAGAAUGUUGAUUUGACUCCGGAUUCGUUGUCGGGCGACAAGUUUAUAAGAUCUCUGUCUAUGAGUUCGUGUGACGAGGGUAACCCCAAUUGGAUGAGUACACCGGAAUUUUUGGCUUUAAAACAUAACUUAGCGUUUCCUGAGAGUGUACAAAGUUCACCAGUUCCGCAAAGGAGAGCUCCCAUGAAAUGCCGUAGGUUUUCAGUGGACCUGAGUCAAAUGCGCUCGUUGAGGUUGUUUUUCAACGACGACAGCUGCACGUGUGGGCAACUAGUGGUGGCUUCCAGGGAGUCACAGUACAAGAUUCUACAUUUCCACCACGGCGGGCUGGAUCACUUGGCCCAAGUUUUGCACAGGUGGCAUUCAUUGUUGCACAAUAUCAAACUUACACCAGGGUCCGAAGAACCAAACCUUCCAUACCGUCAUUUCAUGGUAUGCCGACCGGAAGUGCAAAAAUCAGAACAGCACCCAGAAGAAGGAAAAGUGCCGAAAAUUACCCCCGAGCUAUUUUACGGGAAACUGAUGAACAGCAAAGGCGUCAUCGAAGACGAUUUGUUUUUAAGAAAAUGCAUAUUCUUCGGAGGACUGGAUAAGGAACUUAGACGAGAAGUUUGGCCGUUUCUUCUCCAUUGCUAUCCUUAUAAUUCUACUUACGAUGAAAGGGAGAUCAUAUUACAAAUAAGAACUAGAGAAUAUGAAGAAAUAACUAAAAGAAGGCUGGAAAAGAUGACGCCAGAACAGCAUGCCGUAUUUUGGAAGACAGUACAAUGCGUCAUAGAGAAGGAUGUGGUUAGAACAGAUAGGGGAAAUCCGUUUUUCGCUGGUGAUAACAAUUACAAUAUUGAAAUUAUGAAGAAUAUUUUGUUGAAUUAUGCUGUUUAUAAUCCAGUGUUAGGCUAUACACAAGGAAUGAGUGAUUUACUGGCACCCGUCCUUUGCGAAAUAAAAUGUGAGGCCGAGACUUUCUGGUGCUUUGUCGGUCUCAUGCAGAGGGCGAUAUUUGUAUGUACGCCCACUGAUAACGACAUGGAUAAUAAUCUUAGUUAUCUUCGUGAACUAAUCAGGAUUAUGUUGCCACAUUUCUACAAACACUUAGAGAAACAUGUUGACGCUAUGGAAUUACUGUUUUGUCAUCGAUGGAUAUUACUAUGUUUCAAGCGUGAGUUCACGGAAGCAGUGGCACUACGAAUGUGGGAAGCAUGUUGGGCUAACUAUCAGACUGACUACUUCCAUUUGUUCCUGUGUUUGGCCAUCAUUGCGGUGUACGCUGACGACGUCAUCGCACAAGAUCUCAACACUGAUGAGAUGUUGUUGCAUUUUAGUUCCUUAGCAAUGUAUAUGGACGGGAGGCUGAUACUUCGCAAGGCGCGUGGCCUCUUGCACCAGUUCCGACAGCUCGUACGGAUUCCAUGCGCACUGGCCGGGAUGUGUCAGCGCUGUGGUCCUGGAAUCUGGGACUCCACGCAUCGUCCCAGCAUAGAAUGCACGGGUGCACAUGAUAUCUGCGAGUAUGCUGUACGUUAGACUUUCACUGAAAAUAAUGAUAAGAAUUACCUGAUUAAUAUUUGAUAGAUUG